UGCUUUCCCCUUCAGUCGUGUUUCAGUAAACGUUCCGACAGUACUGUACAUUUUAAUCGCAUUUUAUGAUAACGAUAUUUUCAGUAUUUUGUUGAAAGCAUUGAACCUUCAAAAAACUACGGUAAACCGAAUAGAUUUUUAAAUAUCUUUAAUAUUUAAAUUAUGAAUGAUGAAAGGCUCAUUCAACUUGUACGACAAUAUCCGGUACUGUAUGAUGCGUCCCAUAGUAAAUAUAUGGAUUAUGCGGGGAAACAAAGUAAAUGGGACAUAAUUGCAUACGAAAUGAAAGUAUUAAAUGCUACAGAAUGUAAACAGAGAUGGAAUUACAUAAGAGAUUCGUACCGCAGAUCCUUAAGAAGAACUCUUACAAAAGGUGGCUAUCCAAAAAAACAUGUAUAUAAAUACGCGAAAGAGUUGGAAUUCCUAAAGAAACAUUUGUCAGAAAAAAAUCCAAAGAAAAUAUAUGAAACUGAAAUAACAGAACAGAUAGACGAACAAAAUGAGAGUGAAUCCAUGAACGAUGAAACCAAUUGUGAAAGGGACUCUGACUUUUCCCAUGAUUCCCAAGAAGCAAAUAAUUCCACAAAUAAACAGAUGUUUGAACAUAUAGAUCUACCAGUAGAAGAUGACGAAGUACCAGGGUUGUAUGAAAUAGAAGAACCUAACUUAUCACAAGAUACAGUUUCAUUACAGUUAUUAAAAUAUUUGACCAAAAACAAAGACUUUAAGUCUGCAACAACAGAAAAGCACCCCGUGGAUCUGUUUUUAACUUUUAUCAGUAGAACUUUAAAAAGCUUGGAUGCCUAUCAUUUAAACUUAGCAAAAUCUGAAAUAUUUGCUACGGCUCAAAAAUAUGAGAUGCAGAUGAUUUUAAAUCAGUCUUCAGGACAGUCAACUGCCAAUCAACCCAACAGUCCAGACCACGGAAGAAACUCCAGCCCCCAUUCAUCAUGUAGUAAACCUUUUACUUUAACUCCAGUAAUAUUGUCAGGAUCCAUAGACCCACACAAUAGCGAGAAUUCAUAACCAAUACAAUUCCGUACAAUUGUAUUCAUCACUAAAGCAGGUAUUAUUAUUAUACUGUAACUUAGUUCAUAACAGUAAAAAUAAAGUAAAUAUUUUCUAUAA